UCAGAAACUUCCGGCUUCUUGCUCGGGGAUGAGAUUAAACGGACACAUAUAAUCGAUAGUACAAGAAGUAGAUAUUUGAAUUAGACAGUGUGGAAAUUUCACUCCUUUGACAGUUUCACCCUUUACCUCAAGGUUUUGCCUCUUGUUUACCGUCUGGUUAUUGCCGAGGAACCGUCAUCUGCCAACUAAAGUGGAUUAUUUUGCACGGAGCGGACUGCAGCCAUGAUGGCGUCAAGCUACAACGCUAAGGAAGAGGACGGACACCACUCGGGCGCUUCGAGUCACGGCGGAGCAGUAGCUGCGAAAAGUAAAAAGCCGGACAACACAGCGUUCAAGCAGCAGAGACUACCUGCCUGGCAGCCCAUCCUGACGGCUGGCACCGUGCUGCCAGCCUUCUUCGUUAUCGGGCUCAUCUUCAUCCCCAUCGGCAUCGGCCUGUAUGUCACAUCAAACAACAUCAAAGAGUUCGAGAUUGAUUACACUGGUGUGGACAAUCACAGUCCAUGCUACAGCUGUGCCAAUAACUUCAGCUGGAACAGCACAACGCCAUGUCUCUGCUCUGUGAAUUUCACAUUGGAGCAGCCAUUUGAGAACAAUGUCUUUAUGUACUACGGCUUAUCCAACUUCUAUCAGAACCACAGACGCUAUGUGAAGUCCAGGGAUGACAGCCAGUUGAAUGGUGACCAGUCUGCUUUGAAGAACCCCAGCAAGGAAUGUGAGCCGUACCGUAUAAGUGAUGGACAGCCCAUUGCUCCUUGUGGGGCCAUAGCUAACAGCCUUUUCAAUGACACUCUGGAACUGUAUCACAUUGAUUCCAAUGGCACCAGAAAUGCAAUUCCUCUGGUAAAGAAGGGCAUUGCGUGGUGGACAGACAAGCAUGUCAAAUUCAGGAAUCCUGGUGCAAACGCCAACCUUACUCCAGCUUUCCAAGGCACAGCUAAGCCGGUGAACUGGAGGAAGCCCGUGUAUGAGCUGGACCCAUCAGAGCCUGAUAACAACGGCUUUAUCAAUGAGGACUUCAUUGUGUGGAUGCGCACGGCUGCCUUGCCCACCUUUCGCAAGCUCUAUCGCAUCAUCCAGAAGAAGUCUAGCACGACCGCCACUCUGCCCAGUGGGAAAUACGUCUUGGAGAUUACUUACAAUUACCCUGUGCUCAGCUUCAAUGGUAGCAAGCGAAUGAUUCUGAGCACCAUCUCCUGGAUGGGAGGAAAGAACCCCUUCCUCGGCAUCGCCUACAUCACUGUGGGCUCCAUCUGCUUCUGCCUGGGUGUCGUUCUGCUCAUCAUUCAUCACAAAUAUGACAACCGCAACAACAGUGCAGAUAUUCCUAACUAAGCAGGUCUUGUAUUACCUGUCCUAGUGUCUGCAUGCAUGGGGGGGUGAGGAGGGGGGGCCCUGCAGGGUCCAUUCUGGACUGCUUGUUGAUGUAAGCGUGAAAAAACACUGGUCUCUGUAAAUGUCUGUCGUGCGUUUGUGGGAGGGCAGCAGCGUCUUAAGUGUCUCAUCAAAAGCUGUGUUUCUGUGUAGGAUGUGCAAGGUAAAAAAGAGACAUGCUAGGGUCUGUGUCUGUGUGCAUAUAGCUUCAAGUUGGCUGCUGAGAUUGUCAUUGUUUGCCUUUGUCUUUUUUUAUCUUGUAUUUAUCUAUACAUUAUCAAAGUAUCUGUGUUGUAUUUUAGCAGUGCUUUGCAAAUGGCUUAAUUAUCGAAGGAUGUAUGUAUUUUAGUUUUUGUCCAUACUAUGUACUGUAAUAUGUCCUGCUGAUGAAUGUACCAUUAUAUUUUAUUCACAUACCUCUGUGGUUUUUGAGAUGACCUCAAAUAUAGGAUUGGAUAAUCGUUGCUCGCUUGCUGAUAAUUAUGAUAAUCAUCGAUGUUUGACAAGAAAUAUUUUACCCAUGGAGGGUUAUUGAAUAUUCAUGACCAUAAGACCAAAAGUGUGGCUAUCUGCCCUCCACUGUGACUGGUUGUAUAAGGAGAAUGAGCCAGUCAUAAGGUGUGUUCUUUUUUUUCUUUUUUUUUAACAUAUUGAAAGAUAUAUAUAUAUAUAGUUACUAUAUACCACUAUAUCCAGUAUUCUUGAAUCUGAGAAUCUGGGAAGCGUCUCUGGCUGAUUAGAGCACAAAAAUUCUUUUGUUUUUACAUUUUGGCCUGAGUGUUAAAUUAUCUUACGUUCUUCGAUGUUGACCAAAUGAUAUGCACUUUAAAAGUGUCACAUUUGUUUGAUUUUCCUUGUAGGUCUCCAUCUUCUGUUAUUAUAUUAUGUUCUCGUUUAAUUAAUGAUUAGUAAAACGUUUGAAUUUGAUAAUAAUUUUAUAAAGUUUGUAGGGUCCAAUUAAACAACUUGGUCAAUG